AUGAAGUCCUUCAUCGCUCCUCUGUCGUUCCUCUCCCUCGGCCUUGCCUGCUUCGGUAACGCCGCGACCAUCCCGACCAAGAGCCUGACCCGUCGCGCCGACUUCUGCGACCAGUGGGGAUCUGUCACCACCGGCAGCUACAUCCUCUACAAUAACCUCUGGGGCCAGAGCUACGACACCUCCGGCACCCAAUGCACCGGAUUGACGUCCCUGAGCGGUAGCAACAUCGCUUGGUACACCUCGUGGUCCUGGUCCGGCUCGGCCAGCCAGGUGAAGAGCUUCGCCAACGUUGCCCUGCAGUUCACGGCCAAGACCCUGAGCAGCAUCGACAGCAUCCAGUCCACCUGGGAGUGGAGCUACUCCAACACCAACAUCGUCGCCGACGUCUCCUACGACAUGUUCCUGAGCUCCAGCGCGUCCGGCUCGGCGGAGUACGAGAUUAUGGUCUGGCUCGCGGCCCUGGGCGGCGCAGGUCCCAUCUCUUCCACCGGAUCCCCCAUCGCCACCACCGACAUCAACGGCGUUACCUGGGAGCUGUACUCCGGCCCGAAUGGCGACACGACUGUGUACAGCUUCGUGGCCGAGUCCACCACCACGAGCUUCUCCGGGGACAUGAAGGAGUUCUUCAACUACCUCACCGAGAACGCAGGCGUGAGCACUAGCCUUUACCUGAUUAAUGUGCAGGCUGGUACUGAGCCUUUCACUGGCACAGCCGAGCUGACUGUCUCCGACUACUCUGUUGCUGUCGUUUAA